CUCUAAACACCUUAUCGCUCACAAGCAGGCGCGUAACCACGUUGCGCUAUCAAUGGUAUCUAAACAAAAAACAAACCUCCCCCGACGAGACCAGCAGCGGACGCGUUGGAGACAGGUUGUUUUCCAGUUAUGCAUGCGGACAACAGAAGACGAAAAGUCUUUCUGUUUACAGAGAAGACAAAAGGAUGAUAUGCCAUCACCCGAGCCGACUGUUGGCACUUUACGUGAUAUUCUGCGCCAUGCAAACACCUUCCAUCGUCCAGGGCGCACGAGACUUCGAGAAAAAAGUGUCUAUGAUGCUGAAAGAAGAGCCAGAAAACCCAAAGUGCUUUGCUGAAGGCAGGAAAGACUUCACGUGCUUCUGGGAGGAAGAUGAAGAGAGGGCAGGCUCUGUGGACCAGUACUCCUUCACAUACACCUACCAAAAUGAAAACAGCAGCAGGUGCCCACUGAGAACCGUCCCUGCAGCAGGUGGGAAGAGGCUGUUCAUCUGCCAUCUGAACCGAACCCAGAUGUUUGUCCAAAUGGACAUACAAGUUCAUCGAGAGGGAGUGCUCAUCCACAAUCGCAGCCUUCUCAUCGAGCUUGUCUUUCUUCUGAACCCGCCGGCUAACGUGACAGUGAGCAGCACGGGUCAGCAAGGCCAGCUGAAUGUUAGCUGGGUGCCUCCCCCUCUCAAGUACAUGGAUGACAGCAUGAUGUACGAGGUCAGCUACAGUGCAGCAGACAACCACGUGGGGCAGGUAGAGGUGGCACGAGCCAGCUCCGAGUUGAUCCUGAGGGGCCUGCAGCCAGGUACAAAGUACAAGGUGCGAGUCCGUGUAAAGCUGGAUGGCAUUAGUUACAACGGCUAUUGGAGUGCCUGGAGUGAGCCGGAGUUCAUGGAAACACUGCCUGCAGAACUCGAUCUACUCAUCAUGUCCCUGACUCUCAUCAUCUCUUUUGUCCUCAUUGGGCUGUCUCUCGCUAUGCUCCUGUCACAUCGCAGGUUUCUUGUAAACAAGAUUUGGCCGACUAUUCCAACUCCUGACAGCAAGUUUCAAGGCCUUUUUACUGUUUAUGGUGGGGACUUUAAGGAGUGGUUAGGGCACACCAACGGAGGUUUAUGGUUGACCCCAGCUUUCUACGACUCAGAAGAAUUCCCCUCUCGCCUGGAGGUCCUGUCAGAGCUCAGCCUUUGCCCCACACCGCCUUCCCCACCUCUGCUGCCAAAGACCUCUAGAGCUUUGACUGCAGACAGGAAGGAGGACAGGACUGUAAAGAAAGGGCUCAGUGAGAGAGAGACGUUGGAAAGAGGGGGUUCAGUUCUGACAGAUAGAUGGAGAGCCACACCACAUGACCACUGGCUGAUGGACCGCUUACGGGCCCUCCACCAGAACCCUGUUCCCUCCUCCCAGUCCUCUCUGCUGGAGUCUCAAGACGCCUAUGUCACCCUCAAUGCCAACAACCGCAGCGAGGACGAACAUCUGGAUGACAUUCUCGAGGAGGCCUUACCCCUUGAGGUGCUUUUUGCCUCCAGAAAGAAAGCUUUGUGUGAAUCUCACUCUGACCUCGGAUCAGUGCAGCAGAGCUCCGGAUCGGGACGCCUUUCAUCACAGUCCAGCUUUGAGUACCCAAACCACAUCUGGAUGCCCAAAGGCCCAGGGUACACCUACAUGGCAGUGGCAGACUCUGGGGUCUCUAUGGAUUACAGCCCCAUGAGCAGAGUAGACGACAUUGGAAAAGUGGCUAUCUACGCCAAUGAGUACAAGAACGAUAUUCCUGCUCAUAGAAGACCUUUCCUGUUGAGGCAGCACCCUGUCCAUGAUGACAGCUGAGAAGGGACUAAGCUGGACAGUUUACACAUGGGCUGAGCCUUGAGGCAGGCUCUGUGAAGGGUAUUUGGGUAUUCACCCAAAGCUACAAAGCCUCUCUUUAACUGUUAAGAAAGGAGUACCAGGGAUUCCGGAGCUGACUGACACCAAAGUGUAAACUAAAGGACUAAGGAAGAAGAGUCCACUUUGUGUACAUACAUCAUUUCUACUUUAUCCAAAUCAUCCCUGAUCUGUACAGGACAAUACCAUUACACUGAAAUGGCAGCUGUGGUUUCCACCAAAUUCUGAUAGUCAAUGCAAAGGUCUGCAUACUGAUCUGUAGGUAUCCUAUCCUGUAGAUCAGACCAGGGUUUUUAUAAUUUUAUCAAAAUUAAAGUUUAAGAGUGUUUCCAUAGUCAUUUAUUCAUAUUUGAGUGUACUCUUAUAUUAACGCUUAAAUGACAGAAUAGCAAUUAGGUUCAAAGAUAGUCAACAUCCUAGAAUUGAAGACUGUGAACAAUACAGGACAAUGCUCUUUGCUAUUCCUCUGAUGUGUCUUGAAGAAAAAGGCUGGUGAUGAUACAUUUAUAUUUUUUUGUAUUGUCAAAAUAUCCCACAAAAAGACAAAAUCAUCAGUUAAUUUAUCCCUCUACAAGAGUUGCAAGUGGACCGAAAGCCUGAUAUAGCUAAUUCCUAUGACAAACUGUGGACCUCCAUUUUGGUCUACAGUCAUGCUCGCAGCUCUGUGAGGCUGUACUUCUGACUUGUAAAUAGCAUUCAAGUCCGGGUCAUAAUUUGUUACAAAGAAACUCAGAUUUUUUCUGAAAGCUCUGAUAUAGCUAACUUGGUAAUUACUUAUACAGAAGACCAAGUAUGGAGGCCUCACAUUAGCCGGCAUUAGGGACAGCAAUGCUGUUUGCUAAAUGCUAAUGUCAGUAUGCUAACAUGCUCACAGCAGCAUUACUCUGAUGUUUAUCAUAUUCACCAUCUUAGUUUUUAUCAUCACUGUUUAAAUUGUUCGCAUGCUGAUAAUUGUUAAUUAGUACUGAAUACAAAGUAUAAGUAUUAUAAGUUGAGGCUGAUGAGAAUAUUAUUAGUAUUUGGCCAUAAACCAAAGUACUUGACUGAUUGAAAUUUAAACCUGAUGAUGGUGGUAGAUAAGACACUUUGUCCUCUGGGGACCAGAGAUUUUUUUUAUUCAUGGCAAUCCAUCAGAUAAUUGCACUAUGUGACAUGUUUCCUCAUUAUGAUGAAGAUAGGUACAGUGGUUUAUUUUUACUGGUUUUACUUCAGCAUUUUUUAGGAAAUCAUGCAGUAUUUAACGAAAUUGAAACUGCUGGCUGGCUAUUUGAGUGCCACAGACACUCAACACUUUGUUGGUUGGGAUUUGUUGACAAUAAAAAAAUGUAAUAUUGCCGGCCUUAUAGUUUAACACACCCUCAAAUUUAAACUACACAGAUUUAACUUGAACCCCGCAGUCAUUAUGUCAAUGCCAUUUUGUGUCUUAAGAAAUUCACUGUAUUUGUAAAUAGUAUAAGAUGCUUUUUGUAGUAUUACAGCCGUUUCAGAGGACAAUUAAACUAACAAGUUGUUGCCAACAGAAUCCUGGAACAAAAUAAAUAAAAUUACUACUACUGUAGGCUUUGUAUGAAGGUUUUAAGACAUUAUUACUCCUCAUGUAACUGUAGUUGUUAGUAAGUCUCUAACUUGUUUUCAGUCACUGCUGCCAUCUAAAGAGCAGAGUGUGUACAGCAUGUCUUAACCUUGACAGUUCUAUGCAAAACAUUUAAAUUCACCACAGCUGAGAAAUCAAACUGAAUAAUUUCUGUUCUUCAUGCUUGUUUGCUUUUGUCUUAGUGCAAAUAUCUUGUAACUGAAACUGUCACUACUCAACAACAUUUCUAUUCACUGUUGACUUAUAUUUUAGAAAGAAAUGUGUGACACAAAAAGUAAACAAAGGUUUAAUGCCCAAACUACAACCAACUGGCUGUCUCUAACACGUUUUUCACAAAAGCAAAUAAUGAGUUAUCAAAUAUGAUUUGUGGAUAUUAUUUUGGCUUUUUUUCCUAAUAUACAACAUAUAUCUGUUGUAAAUCUUACAUUUGUCACACUCAAAAGGUGAAUAUCUCCUUCUUGCAUGAAUUAAUAUUUUAAUACAAAUUUCCUUAUUAGUAGUUUCCUUUGAGUGAUAUUUAAUUUUUUUUAAAUUUUCAGAUAUAAUAUCUGUAUUGACAAUGAUAUUGUUUAUUUUUCAAAAUAUAUAUUUGAUAUAUUCUUAUUGAUUUGUAAAAUACUUUAACUGUGAUAUCAGCCACCUGAGUCCAAUUUCUCACACAUGUUAAUCGCUCCAGUGUUUCCAACCUGAGGGACAGGACCCCUCCAAGGGUUGCAAGAUAAAAGUGACAGGGUCACAAAAUGAUUAAGGGGCUAAGAAAGAAGAGAAGAAAUGAAUGUGCUAUGUGCAAAAUAUUUGUUUAUUUUAACGUACAGUGUAUUGAGAGAUCCUUUUUCUUUUUUACCUUUUGGGGGACCACAAGUUUUAAAGGGGCUUGAACAAAAAAAGUUGGUAACCACUACUCAGUAGUCCCAUUCCUCAAUUUCUAUGUACAGUUUUUCAUUGUGUAAGAUUUCAUUCAUGUGUUUGACAAAGUUUUAUGCCAUUUAAAAUUUCAACUCAAUAAAUGUACAUCUACAACCA